AUGCGCGGCCUGAUUCUGACAGCAGCUUCCUCCUCCAGGCUGGUAUGUUACUAUAACAGCUUGGCUGAAAAUAGAGCAGAGGAUGGGAAGUUCACAAUUUCUGAUAUUGAUCCGAACAAAUGUACCCAUCUGGUCUACGCCUUUUCUGACAUUAACAAUGUCAAUGAGCUCGUACCCACAAGCACAGCUGACCAACAACGCUACCUGUUCUUCAAUGGACUAAAAUUCAGAAAUCCACAGCUCAAAACCCUGUUAGCAGUUGGUGGCAUAACCUUUAACACACAAAAAUUCAGUAGGAUGGUGUCGACACAACAAUACAGAACAACCUUCAUCCAGUCUGCGAUCACACUACUGAGGUUCUAUGGGUUUGAUGGGCUCAACCUGGACUGGAGGUUCCCUGUAACAAGAGGAAGUCAACCAGACAACAAGCAGAAAUUUACACUGUUGUGCCAGGAGCUCAAAGAUGCCUUUGCAGCUGAAGUAACAAACACUCAGCGUGACAGAUUGAUCCUCACGGCUAGUGUCUCUGCUGAGAAAGCAGUCAUCGAUGCCAGUUACGAAGUCGCACAGAUUGCCAUGAGCCUGGACUUCAUUAAUGUGCUGACAUUUGACUUUCGUGGCCCUUGGGAAAAUGUCACGGGACAUCACAGCCCCUUAUACCUUGGAUCCCAAGAUACUGGAGACAAGAUCUACUCAAAUACUGACUCUGCCAUGCAGCACUGGUUGGACCAGGGAGCACCUGCACAGUUGCUAAACCUGGGAGUAGCGGCCUAUGGGCGAGCUUUUACCCUCUCCACUGCAGCCAGUGAUGUUGGAGCACCAGCCAGUGGCACUGGUGAAGAAGGCUGCUACACUGGUGAAGAAGGAUUCUGGGCCUUUUAUGAGUACAACCAAAAUUCCUACUAUGACGACAAAUACCACAACAACAACUUCACCUACCACGACAACUCCCACCACAACAACUCCCACAAGUCCAACUGCCACAACCAUGACAACAUCUCCCACUACUACGACCACAACUACCACUACUACAACUCUAACUAG